GAUAUCAUGGAUUGGUAUUCUUUUCUCCAACUCCAUCACUAAAACGGCGAAAGGGUGACGGUGUUGUUGUUGUUUGAACUGCAGAUUUAACCCGUUAAAGGGUGAUUGUGGAUUUUGUCUGUGCGCGCGUACUACCCACCCAGAUCUGUGUUUUUUUUCUGUCCUUUCUUUAUGAGUUGUUAGGUAGAUUAUUACGUUUAUGAACCCAAAUAAGGCAUCAUUUGCAACAGUGUAAAUGAAUUUGUUGCUCUGCAGUCGACUGUACAUUUCUCAGCCCUGAGGUACAGUACAUUCCAGGGCUGUGUCUGUUAGUGCAGAUGAAAGACUCAGUUUCACUAAAGAGGGCAAGUGGAGACAGGUUCCACAUGCCUACCCAGGAAGGUAUCAGUGGGACAAAUUACCUACGUUACCUCAAAUGCAGUGGUGGAUACUAAAACGUAUUUUUCUUAAAACGGUUGUUGUAUUGGGCAGAAGGGCCCCGGUUGGUCUGGAUGAGAACAGGACCUACUCUGUUUUAACAGGGACAUUGUAAAGUGAACAUCUGGAGUUAAUAUCGGCCUAUUCACAAUGACUAUUUUCUGACCUUGUUCCUACAAAGAAUGACAGUGGGGAAAAGAAAUGGCGGAGAAAUGGUUGUGGAUGUUAAUGCCGUGGAGGGGAUGCUGGUGUUCACGUGGUAAAGGUGCUGGACAAGAGGAGGAGAGACACGUGAGAGCCAAUGACAAGGACUACAAUGAAAAGAUCCCAUAUGCUGACAAUCACAUCAAAACCUGCAAGUACAACGUCUUCACCUUCCUGCCCAUCAAUCUGUUCGAGCAGUUCCAGAGAGCUGCUAAUGCAUACUUCCUAGUGCUGCUCAUGUUACAGUUGAUCCCUGAGAUCUCAUCCCUGUCCUGGGUCACUACCACUGUGCCUCUGGUCAUGGUGCUGGUGAUCACUGCAGUCAAAGAUGCCACUGACGACUAUUUCAGGUACAAAAGCGAUCAGCAGGUCAACAAUCGUCAGUCUCAGGUACUCAGGGGAAAUCUACAGAAUGAGAAGUGGAUGAAUGUACGCGUGGGAGAUAUCAUCAAGCUGGAAAACAAUCACUUUGUGGCAGCUGACAUUCUGCUGCUCUCCAGCAGUGAACCAUAUGGACUGUGUUACAUAGAGACAGCUGAGCUAGACGGGGAGACCAAUCUGAAGGUUCGCCAGGCUUUGACUGUGACCUCGGACCUGGGAGCAGACAUAACAAAGCUGGCUGACUUCAAUGGGGAAGUUAUCUGUGAGCCUCCCAACAACAAGCUGGACAAGUUCACAGGUACUCUGUACUGGAGAGAUAACAAGUACCCUCUGGAUAACGAAAAGAUGCUGCUGAGAGGCUGUGUGCUCCGGAACACGGACUGGUGCUUCGGAAUGGUUGUCUUCGCUGGGCUGCAAACCAAACUGAUGCAGAACUGUGGGAGGACUAAAUUCAAAAGGACUAGCAUUGAUAAACUGAUGAACACUUUAGUUUUAUGGAUAUUUGGCUUCCUAGUCUGCAUGGGUGUGAUCCUGGCUAUUGGCAACACCAUCUGGGAGCAGAAGGUUGGGAGGAGCUUCGGUGUCUAUCUCCUGUGGGAUGAACCAAUCAGAAACAACAAUGUGGUGUUCUCUGGGUUCCUCACCUUCUGGUCUUACAUCAUCAUCCUCAACACAAUGGUGCCCAUCUCGCUCUACGUCAGUGUGGAGGUUAUUCGUCUGGGCCACAGUUACUUUAUUAACUGGGACAGGAAGAUGUAUUACAUCCAGAAGGACACUCCAGCUGAGGCCAGAACCACCACGCUCAAUGAGGAGCUGGGCCAGGUGGAGUUUAUCUUCUCAGACAAGACAGGAACUCUCACACAAAACAUCAUGAUCUUCAACAAAUGCUCCAUCAACGGGAAGAGCUAUGGUGAUGUUUAUGAUGAAUUUGGCCAUAAAGUGGAAAUUACAGAGAGAACGGCCUGUGUAGAUUUCUCCUUCAACCCUCUGAGUGACAGGAAGUUUAAGUUUCAUGACAGUAGCCUGGUGGAGGCCAUCAAGAUGGAGGAGCCAUCAGUGCAGGAGUUCUUCAGACUGCUGGCUCUGUGUCAUACUGUCAUGCCUGAGGAGAAGAAUGAAGGGGAUCUGGUGUACCAGGCCCAGUCGCCUGACGAGGGAGCGCUGGUCACGGCCGCACGGAACUUUGGCUUUGUGUUUCGUUCCAGAACCCCGGAGACUGUCACGCUGUACGAGAUGGGGACAGCCGUCAACUACCAGCUCCUGGCUAUCCUCGACUUCAACAACGUGCGCAAGAGAAUGAGUGUCAUUGUGAGGAACCCAGCAGGCCACAUCAAGCUGUACUGUAAAGGAGCUGACACCAUCAUCUUCGACAGACUGGACCCGUCCAACCAUGUUCUCAUGAACACUACCUCAGAGCAUCUUUACGAGUUUGCCGGUGAAGGCUUGCGAACACUGGCCCUGGCCUACAAAGACCUAGAUGAGAAUGUAUUAGAGGAAUGGAUGAAGAAGCUUCUGUAUGCCAGCACUGUGAUAGAGAACAGAGAGGAGGGACUGGCUGAUCUCUACGAGGAAAUAGAGACAGGUCUGAUGCUUCUUGGAGCCACAGCAGUAGAAGACAAACUACAAGAGGGGGUUCCUGAAACAAUCGCCUGUUUGACCCUGGCCAGCAUCAAGAUCUGGGUUCUCACUGGGGAUAAGUUAGAGACAGCGAUGAACAUCGGCUACUCUUGCAACAUGCUGAGAGACGAUAUGAACGAAGUGUUUAUAAUAUCCGGACAUUCUGUCUUAGAGGUGCAGCAGCAACUCAGGAGUGCAAAGGAGCACAUCCUAGGCCUGGGCAGAGUCAGCAGUACUGUAGAUGUGGAGAAGACAGAUGAGUUCUCAGAGGAUUCUGUAUUUGAAGAAACCAUCAUAGCAGAGUAUGCCUUAAUCAUCAAUGGACACAGUCUGGCCCAUGCCCUGGAGCCUGAGCUGGAGAAGGUCUUUCUGGAGACAGCCUGUCUGUGUAAGACAGUGAUCUGCUGUAGGGUGACUCCCAUGCAGAAGGCCCAGGUGGUGGAGCUGGUCAAGACGAACAAAAUGGCUGUGACUCUGGCCAUAGGAGACGGAGCCAAUGACGUCAGCAUGAUCAAGACUGCUCAUAUAGGUGUAGGUAUAUCAGGUCAGGAGGGCAUGCAGGCUGUGCUAGCCUCCGACUACUCCUUUGCCCAGUUCCGCUAUCUGCAGCGUCUCCUGCUGGUCCACGGCCGCUGGUCCUAUUUCCGCAUGUGCAACUUCCUGUUCUACUUCUUCUACAAGAACUUUGCCUUCACCCUGGUGCACUUCUGGUUCGGCUUCUUCUGUGGUUUCUCAGCUCAGACGGUUUAUGACCAGUGGUUUAUCACUCUCUUCAAUAUAGUCUACACAUCCCUGCCAGUUCUGGCCAUGGGGCUUUUCGAUCAGGAUGUGAACGAAGCCAACAGCCACCGCUACCCUAGCCUGUACCGUCCAGGACAGCUCAACCUCCUGUUCAAUAAAAGACAGUUCUUCCUGUGUACGCUGCAGGGGAUGGGUACCUCCUUCCUCCUCUUCUUCAUCCCCUACGGAGCCUUCUGCCUCGUCGUCAGGGACGACGGAUCACACAUCUCAGACCAGCAGGCUUUCGCCGUCAUCAUAUCAACAUCCUUGGUCAUAGUGGUGAGCGUUCAGAUUGGACUGGACACCUACUAUUGGACAGCUGUGAAUCACGUAUUUGUGUGGGGUAGCCUGGCUGUCUACUUUGCCAUUCUAUUCGCUAUGCACAGUGACGGCCUCUUCAGCAUAUUCCCCAACCAUUUUCCUUUCAUUGGCACAGCCCGUAACUGCCUGACUCAGAAGAGUGUGUGGCUGGUUAUAAUGCUGACCACAGUGGCGUGUGUCAUGCCAGGGUUGGCAGUCCGCUUUCUGAAGACAGACCUUUACCCCACUCUGACGGACAAGGUGCGGUGCCUGCAGCAGGCCAGCAGAAAGCUGGGUCCUAAGGAGCAGAACCUGAGACGGGUUCGGAGGACCAGCUCCCGGCGCUCGGCCUACGCCUUCUCCCACCAACAGGGCUAUGGAGAGCUCAUAACCUCAGGGAAGAACAUGAAGGUCACCGCCAGCACCGCUGCCCAUUCCCCAUCCAUGUCCACAUCGUCUCCUGGUAGGGUCCACAACAGCAGAAGUUUGAUAGAGGGCAUGUCGAAGAGGAAGGGGGAAAUACCGGUAGCCUGCGUCUCUGCUGAGGCCUACGGAACAUCCGGAACCCCGGAAGGCAACACUAGAACUCAACAGACUGUAAUGGACUCUAAUGGUGCUUCCAAUGGGGCAGUUCAGACAUGACCCUUACGCCUAGUUUUUAGAUUCCUAACAAGCUGUUUAGAGUAUAAGACGAUCCUGUGUAUCUACACCUGGCUCAGUGAGUAAGAGUUAGAGCAUGGUGCGGUCAACAUCGGGGGGGGGGGGGUGUUUGAUUUCCCACAUUGGAUCGAUCGGCCACAUAUACAGGUAACUGCCAAAAUAAUGGAAACACUUGUUGUAAAUUUGAUUUUUUUAUUUUACCAUUAUUUUACCAGGUAAGUUGACUGAGAACACGUUCUCAUUUACAGCGACGACCUGGGGAACAGUUACAGGGGAGAGGAGGGGGGGUGAAUGAGGGUUCUGGCGGCUCUGUUACGGUGCGCGGUGCGUUCUCCUGCCAUGGUUUAUGUCCACUGAACCCCCUUGGAGGGCGAGGUAAACUCCAAUAAAUACACAGCCAUUCUGAGUCAUCAACCUGUGGUGAAGCAUUUCUACCCUGAUGGGAGUGGUCUCUUCCAGGAUGUCCCCUAUCCACAGGGAACGAGUGGUCACUGUGUGGUUUGAUGAGCAUGAAAACGGUUUAAACCAUAUGACAUGGCCGUCUCAGUCAUCAGAUCUCAACCCAAUUGAACAACUUUUGGGAGAUUCUGGAGCGGCGCCUGAGAUAGCAUUUUACACCACCAUAAAAAAUAUAAAAAAAACACCAAAUUGAAAAUGAUUGUGGAAGAAUGGGCGUCACAUCCUUCCAAUAGAGAUUCAGGCAUUUAUAGAAUCUCGGCCAAGGUGCAUUGAAACUGUUCUGACGGCUCGUGGUGGCCCAACGACCCUCUUAAUACACUUUAUGUUGGUGUUUCCUUUAUUUUGGCAGUUACCUGUUUGUCACUGUCAGCUCUGUGAGUCACUUUGGAUAAAAGCGUCUGGUAAGUGACUAUAUUGUGGGCACUGGAUAAGCAGCACAUCAGAGAGUAAGUCAAACUCAAUCAUCAGAGGAUAUGACCGCACCAGCAAGCAGACUCCAAAAGAACCAGCACAGGAACAUCCAAUCAGUUGCAUUUCUGGGAUCAACUCAUGUUCAGAAAGAUCACUAAAGGCUGUAGUCCAUCUGAAUCAGUGGAGCGUUUACAGAUAUACAUUCUAAGGUGAUUUUUACUAUUGAGCCGUCAUCUGCAGUGUUUACUGUGAAUGCAGUCUCCGCUAACAUUGCCUUUCAAUUGAAAUCACACUGUAACGCUUCAUUUCCACGAUACGGAUUGAAUAGGGCCCUAAGCAUUGGAGUUUUGAGAUUUUUGGUGGAGAGCUCCUUUUUAAUAAAUGUAGGAGUAGAUUGAUUUUUCAGCAGCCUGGGCUGGACAGGUAUGAGUUUGGUAUCAUAGCCACCUGAAACAGUGAUAUAAUACAGGUAUGUAUGCCAGGCUGCUUUAGGAAAACAUUAAGCACAACUCUAUCAUUGUUAGAACACUGUGUUACAAAUCAUAUUUUGCCGAUGACCAUGAAUAUGCAAAAUGUUAUUUUUCUAUUUUUUUCUGGUUUUGCACAUACAGUAAGUCAUCGUGAUAAUUAGAAUGCUGACUGAAAGAAUGUUCUUGAGGUUUAGAAUGCUGACUGAAAGAAUGUUCAGAAUGUUCCUGAGGUUUAGAAUGCUGACUGAAAGAAUGUUCAGAAUGUUCCUGAGGUUUAGAAUGCUGACUGAAAGAAUGUUCCUGAGGUUUAGAAUGCUGACUGAAAGAAUGUUCAGAAUGUUCCUGAGGUUUAGAAUGCUGACUGAAAGAAUGUUCAGAAUGUUCCUGAGGUUUAGAAUGCUGACUGAAAGAAUGUUCAGAAUGUUCCUGAGGUUUAGAAUGCUGACUGAAAGAAUGUUCAGAAUGUUCCUGAGGUUUAGAAUGCUGACUGAAAGAAUGUUCAGAAUGUUCCUGAGGUUUAGAAUGCUGACUGAAAGAAUGUUCAGAAUGUUCCUGAGGUUUAGAAUGCUGACUGAAAGAAUGUUCAGAAUGUUCCUGAGGUUUAGAAUGCUGACUGAAAGAAUGUUCAGAAUGUUCCUGAGGUUUAGAAUGCUGACUGAAAGAAUGUUCAGAAUGUUCCUGAGGUUUAGAAUGCUGACUGAAAGAAUGUUCAGAAUGUUCUUGAGGUUUAGAAUGCUGACUGAAAGAAUGUUCAGAAUGUUCUUGAGGUUUAGAAUGCUGACUGAAAGAAUGUUCAGAAUGUUCUUGAGGUUUAGAAUGCUGACUGAAAGAAUGUUCAGAAUGUUCCUGAGGUUUAGAAUGCUGACUGAAAGAAUGUUCAGAAUGUUCCUGAGGUUUAGAAUCCUGACUGAAAGAAUGUUCAGAAUGUUCCUGAGGUUUAGAAUGCUGACUGAAAGAAUGUUCAGAAUGUUCCUGAGGUUUAGAAUGCUGACUGAAAGAAUGUUCAGAAUGUUCCUGAGGUUUAGAAUGCUGACUGAAAGAAUGUUCUUGAGGUUUAGAAUGCUGACUGAAAGAAUGUUCAGAAUGUUCCUGAGGUUUAGAAUGCUGACUGAAAGAAUGUUCAGAAUAUUCUUGAGGUUUAGAAUGCUGACUGAAAGAAUGUUCAGAAUGUUCCUGAGGUUUAGAAUGCUGACUGAAAGAAUGUUCUUGAGGUUUAGAAUGCUGACUGAAAGAAUGUUCAGAAUGUUCCUGAGGUUUAGAAUGUUCUUGAGGUUUAGAAUGCUGACUGAAAGAAUGUUCAGAAUGUUCCUGAGGUUUAGAAUGCUGACUGAAAGAAUGUUCAGAAUGUUCCUGAGGUUUAGAAUGCUGACUGAAAGAAUGUUCAGAAUGUUCCUGAGGUUUAGAAUGCUGACUGAAAGAAUGUUCAGAAUGUUCAAGAUGCAUGUUUUUACCUUUAAUGGAGAGAGCAUAAUUGUGCCUUUCACAGUUCCUUCUGUUAAGGAAUAAAGCAUUUAUCACACGUCUGAACAUAGACAUAACCGUUCAAUAGUCACAUUGGGGAGGACAUUGGGGAGGACGGGCUCGUGAUAAUGGCUGGAACGGAAUAGGUGGAAUGGUAUCAAAUACAUCAAACACAUGGUUUCCAGGUGUUUGAUGCCAUUCCAUUUGCUUCAUUCUGCCCAUUAUUAUGAGCUGUUCUCCACUCAGCAGCCUCAACUGGUCAAGGUCUUUGUCAUAUGUUGGCUUUAUCCUUCAUUUACAUUUAAAGGUGCAACCUGCAAUAGUUACAGGCAGCUGUUCAAUGGUCGUUGUGUACCAAUUACUUUUUAAAGAAUAUCAUGCUGAUGGUCUGUUAGACCGUAAAGCUCCAUCUAUGAAUUUAGGACUGGUUUCAUUUCUUUAGCCCCAUCCCUCAGCUUUAUGGCAAAAACAGUGGUGGGGCUGCCGUUCGGCUGAAAAGUGAAUCACAGAUUGAGACUUUAAAACGGUAUGAAGAGAGAGCUUUCCUGUCAACUUCCUGUAACGAAGGGUAAUCCAUACCGUAGGGAGGCUCAAUGCUAAGACUCUGGCUAUCAGCAUUCUACAGCCUAAUUUCCCUAUUGGAUCACACACACACUCUAAUACACUGUCAACCUGUCAGACAUGAAAACAUGUUUUUAGGCUUAUGCUGAAAUUCAAUACAAUCAUUUACAUUUGUUAACAUAUAGAAAAAUUUAAUUUUUUUGUUUUUAAGCUAAGAAUUAAUUUCUUCUUGGAUGUAUCAUUUUAUUUUAUAUUUCUUUCUACCGACAAAAAUGAAACACUGUCAUUUUAUUUGUUAAUGUCCGCUUCUUGAACUUGGAAAUAAUGUUUUUCAACGACACUGUGUGUUUUUUUUUAUACAAAUAUACAGCUGUUCAUAUUGUUGUCUGUUUCUGUGGAGAUAAUGGAACAGCCAGACAAAAGUAAACAAAAUCCCUUUACUCCUUAAUUCCUUCGAAACAUACAACACACACACACAGCAAUGGAAGGAAUGUAGUACUGCGCUGUGUGGGAAAUGAUUGUAUUUUAUAGUCCCUUACUAACUGAAAUCAUUACACUCACAGAAUAAAGAAAAGUCUCCUUUCUCGUAAA